GCGCCUCGCGCUCCCCGCUUCAGCUUCGCCUACAGCAGCAUUCUCCUCGACCACCAAAAGAUCCAAACACGGCGGGCCAUGAGUCGAGUCAAGGCCAAUUACCACCUCUUCCUCCGAAAUCAGCCGAGAAAACCACAGUUCAGUCUACAGGACCUCGGACCACGGAGGAGAUGGCAGGUUCCCAGGAUGAGGCAGAUUGAGGAUUGA